GGAUUGAUUGCCUCCAGAAGUAAAAUCAAGUUCUUUAAGCACAACGACGUCGAGGAUCUGCACCGACUCCUCUUAGAACAGGCAGAUAUUGACCGCAAAAAUCCGAAGAAAGCGAAAGUCACGCGUCGUUUCCUCGUUGUCGAAGGCCUUUAUAUCAAUUACGGCGAUAUCUGUCCUCUGCCUCAACUCCUCGAACUGAAGAAGAAAUAUAAGGUUCGGAUGUUUAUCGACGACACGUGCGCUCUGGGAGUGCUCGGCGCUAACGGACGCGGAGUUGUCGAGCACUUUGGCGUCGCUGUCGACGACAUUGACAUGAUUUGUGCCACUUUGGAGAACGCGAUGGCAGCGUAUGGAGGCUUCUGUUGCGGAACCAGUUUUAUUGUGGACCACCAAAGACUCUCAGGACUCGGCUAUUGCUUCUCCGCGUCAUUACCUCCACUACAGGCGGCCGUCGCUCUCACUUCACUCGAGACCAUCGAAAACGACAAUUCCGUGAUCGAGAAGUUGCGCCAAAAUUGUCAAUCCAUGCAUUCAUUACUCAAAGACAUUCCGUAUGUGAAAGUGUUUGGCGAACCGAUAGCACCCAUCAAACACUUGAGAUUCGCUAACAAUACCAAUGAUCAUAAACUUGAGACCAAGAAGUUGGAGAAAGUGGUCCAAAUCGCACAAGAGAGAGGGUAUGCGCUGACAGUGGCCCGAUAUCUCGAUGACAGCGAGCACUUGUUGCCCAAACCGAGUAUUCGCCUCAUUGUGAACGCCAUUCUCAACGACCAAGAAAUGAAAGAAUCGGCUGAAAUGAUCAGUCAAUCAUUUGAAUCU